AUGUCCAGUUUCAGAGAUACGUCGUACAAUUCUAACAAUUACUCCGAGUUCAGACCGGAAUAUCCACCAUCGUUCAUAGAAUCAAUUUUUGGCUACCAUCAGGGGGACUUUGACAAAGCUCUGGAUGUGGGGUGUGGUCCGGGCGAAGCCACGUUCCAUUUAGCAAGAAAGUUCAAGAACACAAUUGGAACAGAUAUCUCACCAGGUAUGGUGUCCCAGGCAACUAGUCUCAAAGAAAGACGGGACGUUUCCAACGUAUCUUUCCAGCAGUCCUCAUCCGAAGAUUUGCCCUUUAUCGAGGACAGCUCUGUCGACCUGGUGACGGCCGCUGAAUGUGCGCAUUGGUUCAACGCGCCCAAGUGGUUCAAUGAGAUGGCCAGAAUUCUCAAACCCAAAGGAACCCUAUGCUACUUUGGGUAUGUUGAUCCAUAUUUUGUUGAUCUUCCUUUGGGAAAUGAACUCUAUCACAAAUACGUUUACGGCGAAGAUUAUCUGGGUCCAUAUUGGGAGGAGCCGGGUAGGUCGAUUCUGGUGGACCUUUUUCGCCCAAUUGACAAGCAGAUACCUUCAGAUCUCUUCGAGGACGUAAUAGCUCUGAGAGGAAACGAACCUGGGUCGUUGGUGUUGGAAAGAGACUUUCAAUUAAAGGAUUACUUCCAGUAUCUCUACACCAUGAGCAGUGCCCAUAAGUUUGUCCAACAAAAUCCAGGCAAGGAGGAUCCGAUUCAGAUGUUCCGAACAGAGCUAUUUGAAAGAGCUGGCCUCGAAGACAGUUCGGUGCUCCGUCUCAAAUGGCUGACCACAGUAACCUUUCUGAGACGAAGGUCUAACCCUUAA